AAUUCCGGGCAUUCAUCGAGUGCAUUCGUUCACCACAGUACCACCGAAGCCAUUCGCCACGACCCUUCUCGGCGCAUCCACCGCGCCGUAAACGCGAUUGCCGGAGAGCGAUAAUCAAGCCAGACACCGAUAUACGAGGGAGAAAUUAUCUAGGAAUUAUUAUUAAGCGAUAUAUCUGCCCGGUACGCACCUGAAGGGAUUUCGUAGUUUAUAUAUUCACAUCACGAAGGGAUCCUGUGGAAAUUUGGGUUCUCGGCAUCUGUGAAUUUCUGUUUUAAGGGCAUUCGUAGAGCGUAGGUUGUUCGAUAUCUCUAAUUUUGCUUCUGGAUGAUCGAGGACUGUAAUAGGUUCGACGCACUUUUUUGUUUGUGAAUUGUUUUUUCGGUUGGCUUAUGGUGCUGGCUUGAAAAAAUUGUUGAUUUUGACAUAAGUGUAAAGUGCUGGGUUUUGUUGAAGUUAGGAUGUUGAUAAUUUGGUUUUUGCGGGAUUUGUGCAUGGAAGCGUGGGGAUAGAAUUUGCUCAUCCUCAUUCCUGACUUGUUUGUGUUGUUUAUUGAGCCUUGCUUCAAGUUAUGCACAGUUAGGGUUGGUCUUGAGUUUUCCUGCAAGAUUUGUGCAAGUGAAAGGCGUUCUACCAUUUUUCUGCUGGGGAGGAAAUCGAAAACUUAUUUUGGUGAAGUUGUUUGUGCUUUAUGUUGGUAUCAGGUAGGGGUUCAGAGAUGAACUCCACCAUGGAUGAGAUCAAUCUGCUGCGGCAAGCUGCUCAGCGCCAUCAAUUGGUAAUGAGGGGGAUGGGGGAAGAAAUUGACUUAGAAAUAGGGCCAGGAGAUGAUGAUCCUUCAUUUACUGGCACACCACUUGUGGGUGUACCUCCACAAGAAUGUUCUGUUGAAGAACAAGAAGACCACAAACAGCUCCUUUCGGGUUCUCAGGUGCCUGUUGAAGAGCUGCAAGACCUUGGGAAAAUGCCGCAGGCUAAAAGAAAGAAGAAAGUAGUGAAGAAGUGGAGGGAAGAGUGGGCGGACACAUAUAAAUGGGCUUAUGUAGAUAUUCAUGAAGGCACAACUAGGAUAUUCUGUUCAGUUUGUAGAGAGUAUGGAAGGAAGCAUAGGCGAAACCCUUAUGGAAAUGAGGGAAGUAGAAACAUGCAAAUGAGUGCAUUGGAAGAGCACAAUAACAGUUUGCUUCAUAAGGAAGCUCUUAGGCUCCAAGUGGCAUCAAAGGACAAGACUCUACCUGUAGUUGAGAGACCUGUUUAUGUGAAAGCUUUAAUGUCAAAAACUGCUGGUUCGAUUGUUGAAUCCAUCUUAAAGAGGGAUCCUCAUGAAGUUGAAUUUUUACAAUCAGUUCAAGAAGUGAUAAACUCUCUGGAGCCAGUGCUUUUGAAGAGUUCUCAGUAUGCCCAUAUUUUGGAGCGUUUGUUAGAACCAGAGCGAAUGAUCAUUUUUCGGGUGCCUUGGGUUGACGAUAGGGGAGAGACACAUGUAAAUAGAGGCUUCCGUGUGCUAUUCAGUCAGGUGUUGGGUCCAUGCAGAGGUGGUCUCCGAUUUCACCCAUCUAUGAAUCUUAGUAUUGCCAAAUUCAUAGCUUUUGAACAGACCAUGAAGAAUGCCUUGUCACCAUACAAGCUUGGAGGGGCUGGGGGUGGGAGUGAUUUUGACCCAAAAGGAAGAAGUGAGAAUGAGAUAAUGCGCUUUUGUCAAAGCUUUAUGGAUGAGUUAUAUCGGUACCUAGGACCGGAUCAGGAUCUUCCUGCGGAAGAUAUGGGGGUCGGUCCUAGGGAAAUGGGAUACCUCUUUGGGCGGUAUAGACGUCUUGCUGGCAAUUUUCAGGGAAAUUUUACAGGACCAAAGAUUUUCUGGUCAGGUUCUAGCCUCCGAACUGAAGCUACAGGAUAUGGAUUGGUUUUCUUUGCACGGCUUAUACUUGCAGAUAUGAACAAGGAGCUUAAAGGAUUAAGAUGUGUUGUGAGUGGUGCUGGGAAGAUAGCAAUGCAUGUCCUCGAGAAGCUUCUUGCUUGUGGUGCUAUACCCAUCACAAUCUCAGAUUCCAAAGGCUAUAUUGUUGAUGAUGAUGGUAUUGAUUUUGUAAAAUUUUCACACCUUAGGGACAUCAAGGCUCAACAAAGAAGCCUGAGAGAGUAUCAGAAGUCUUAUCCUCGUGCCAAAUACUUCGAUGAUGCAAAACCCUGGCAAGAGCCCUGUGAUGUAGCAUUUCCUUGCGCUUCACAAAAUGAAAUUGAUCAACCUGAUGCUGUUGCUCUCAUCAAUGCUGGUUGCCGCAUACUGAUUGAAGGUUCAAACAUGCCUUGUACUCCACAAGCUAUUGAUGUUUUGAAGAAGGGGAAAGUUUUGGUUGCUCCAGCGAAGGCAGCAAGUGCUGGAGGGGUUGCUGGGGGAGAACAUGAGCUAAAUCAUGAAUACAAUUUGAUGCAUUGGUCUGCGGAGGACUUCGAAACUAAAUUACAGGACAUGAUGAAGCAGACAUACGAGAGAUCACUCAAGGCUUCCAAUGACUACGGUAUCUUGAAGGAUAGCCCGGAGUAAGUAUUCAUAGUGCUUUCUACACUUUUCAAUAGAUUUUCUUCAGUUACUCUCAUCUCAACACUCUCAAACGA